AUGUGGGCAAGUGCUUCUCCGACCAAAUCCGCUCAAUUGAGAGCACAAAGUGGGCGAUGGCUCUGUCAAUUUCAUCGGAAAUCUUUGCUCCUUGUUCAGAUGAGCUGGCUGCCGAUGAAAUUAUCGUCAAAAUUCUGGAUAUCGGGUCGGCGAACACCAGAUUUCGAUCGAUAGUCUCUACGGAACAGUUGCUCGAGUUGUUGGAUGUCGCCAAGUAUAUUUUCACAAAAAAAAAUCAGAAUUAGUCAAACAUUCUGAACAACAAAUCGGAAGACCUGGUUUCAGCGAUCCCUACACACGUUUUUCAAUUUUUUACACUAUUUUCGAUUAUUCAAAGCUAUUGGAAACUCACUAAAUUUGCUAGAAAUCAUCGCAGGUUCGUAGUCCAGAGCGCAAAAUCGUAAUUUCCAUUAAAACCCUCAUUUUUUGCCAAAAAAUCUGUAAACUAGCAUCUUGUUGUGUUCAUAACUUGAAAAGUGUGACAAUCAAAAGUUAACAGUGAGAAAAAUAAGUUUCUCGAGAUAAAAAUGUUGAAAAUUGAGCGAUUUCGCGAGAAAACCUAAAUAUGUCGUCAUUUCUCGUGCAAUGUGUGCAAACUCUUCAAUGCACACAAUUGCUUACCGUACCACAAAACUGGCGAAAAAAUGGAGAAAAAUCUGCAAAAAUCAUCCAAAUUCGUUGGGAAAAACGCGGAAUGCAUUGCAGAGACGUGUUCCUAAAUCAGGGCUCAAUGCUCGAAAUCGAGGCGCCCGUCAAAAUCUGCGGCGACGUGCACGGCCAAUUCGCCGACGUGCUGCGAUUGUUCGACCGCGGCUCGUUCCCUCCGCUCGCCAACUACCUCUUUCUGGGCGAUUACGUGGAUCGCGGACCGCGCAGUGUCGAAGUCGUCACUCUUUUCAUCGCCUACAAAGUCAAGUACCCGACGAACUUUUACAUGUUGCGCGGCAAUCACGAGUGCGGAUCCAUCAACCGCGUUUACGGAUUUUUGGAUGAGCUGACAAAAAAGUACGGACCCAAGACCGGCAUGACCUUGUGGAACACGUUUCAGGUCUGUCUUCGCUUUCAGUCGUGAGAAAACGUAAGCGAACGCGCUCAACCGCACUUUGCAGUGAUUUCCGCAAAAUCACGCGAUUUUACACUAUUCCCUCACAAAAUAUGUUUAAAAACUCUCAAUUUGUACAUUUUUUUGGCCAAACAAUACCGAAAAUCGUAAUUUUUCCCAUUUUUUCGCUUCAAAGUGCAGUGGAGCGCGUUUGCUGCCCGCCGAUAGCUUCAUCGUUAAACAACCCCCCAAAACCGCUUGCAGAACUGUUUUUCGUGCAUGCCGUACACGGCGCUGGUGUCCGGCAAGAUUCUGUGCAUGCACGGCGGCAUCAGCCGUCGUCUGAGUUCGCUCGAGCAGCUGCGCAGUCUGCCGCGUCCGAUGCUCGAGGUUCCGAAUCCGGGCCUUGAGACGGACCUCCUCUGGUCGGACCCCGAGCACAAAAUUGAGGGAUUCGUGAAUAACACGCGCGGCGUCGGCCACGUGUUCGGCGAGUCGGCGCUUUUGGAAGUGAUGGAGCGGCUGGGCGUCGAUUUGGUGGCGAGGGCCCAUCAAGUGGUCCAGGACGGCUACGAGUUCUUCGCCAACAAACGACUCGUCACCAUCUUCUCGGCGCCGCACUAUUGUGGAGAGUUUGACAACGCGGCGGCCAUGAUGAACGUCGACAAACGACUCGUGUGCUCUUUUCAGGUUUGAGCAGAAUCACGAUGUCUGGUAGAGCACUUUUUGUACGACCAUUUUGAGGGUCACUUUGAAGAGCUACAGUAGGCUUCGGAGUGCAUGUACGGAAAAGUUGUCAACUACAAAAAUAAACUUCAUACCUGAUAGUAUAAUUUUGUAGUUGACCACUUUUCCGUAUCACCUUUCCUAGGACUACUGUAGCUCUCCAAACAAGCCAUACAAUAACCACGAGCUAGAAAUACUUUCAGAUUCUUCGUCCGGAGCAAGAGGUGAAGCCCAAGAAGAAGGAAUGA